AUGACUCGAGAUGUCGGGGAUGCGGCUAUGCAGCUAAAGCGUGCGAUGGACGAGACGGACGAAGGAAGGGAAGCAAAGUUUAUGCGCACAGAAGCGGCAGCACACAUGGCGCAAUCCAAUACGAUGACUAUGAACGAAGCCAUGUUUGGCAACUCACAGCAACAGAACACUCACUUUUUCGACGGCUCGCAGCCAAUGAUGACGCAAUCACUUCAUGUCCCAGCACAUACUACAAUGAUGUCGACGUUAUCAAGUGCUCCCACGUCACAGACACAACAGAUACAGAUGCAAAUACAGCAGCAACAGCAGCAGCAGCAACAAUACGCUGCAGCCAUGGCAGCACGGCAUAACGCUCAGCAGCGGCACCAGGAUGCAGCAAUGGCUACAAUGAUGGAAAUGCAGAGUUCUCCAGGUCAGCUGAAUAAUAUGAAGCCAAUGACAUCUUCUAAACACGUGUCAAACUCUACCGACAAUGUUCAUGGGGCCUCACUGCUUGGACAUCAAGGAAUGAGUUUUCACAUGAACACGUUAAGCGGGGAUCAGGCAGAGCAGCAAUUACCUUUGGUUCCAGCUACAUCUGUUGCUUCUCAGAUGCCUGCUAGUUUAGAGGCACCUACAACCCCUAGUGACACUGAAGAAUCAUGUCUUGUGUGUGGGCUGAAGGGCGACAUCUUUACGUGUAAUGGUGGUUGUGAACUCCAUGUGCACCCGGCGUGCAUUGGCGAGGAAGCAAUUUUUCCGUUUGUUGUCGGACAGCUAUGCGGAAGUUGCUUCAUUGUGCAACAAAAUCGUGCAUCUCCGGAAGAUCUCACAAAAGGAGGGCCAAACGCAUUGUCGGUUCGAAGAGCUAUCUUGUGCGUGAAUUUAGAGACAAACAGCAACGCGAACUUCGAUAAGUUUGGCCAUUUGGCGUCACUGCGGCUGGCGGAAAUUGGUUCAAUCGCAGGUUACCCGAUCAAACCGUUCGCUGAAAAGUUUGUCGAGCCGUAUCUACAGCGCUGGAUACGAGAAAAGCUCACAACUACUGACAAGUGGAUGCUGAACGUGCGGGGAGUGUUUACCGUGAUGAUUGGUCUUUACAGCUUGAAACGUGCCGGCAUUGCUCAUGGCCUGCACCAUAAAGUAAUUGACUUGAUGAAGUCACGCAAGUUCACGGUGAUGGACUACUUCGGAUGGCACCCAGCCAUCGAAUGUCCAACCGUACGGUGUUCGAGUCUAUGCGCUUUUUGCGGAAUUCGAAACGCGCCAGAGGUUGACUUGUGCUCACGCUGCCAUCACAAGCUUGUGUUCCCAACGACCUUCACAAAGUAUAUUAGUACACUGCUUGCCGCUUUCUACGCAGAACAAGUGGGUAUUCCGCUUGGAGCAUCGACGCUGGACGUCUUCGCACACACUAAUACCGUUCGAGGAUUGUACAAAGGGCUUCGUCCAUUUGACGCUGAUGGUGUCGUUUGGGAACUGUUUACCGACCAAUUGCGCAUGAUUUUUGGCUUUUUGGAUAUUAUGAGCAAUUUUGGGACACUGCAGCUCAACCCCGAUCUGUUUGUGCCAGAGGUUAACAUUAUCUUCAACCCUGCUUACGUGAACCAGGCUAUGAUAACAAACGAGUUUGAGGUUGUGGGAAAAUUUCUUCAAUGCAUGAAACUGUUCGGCCUUGCCAAAAGCAUGGAGAACGAAAACAUGAUCGAGUCCUGUGAACGCUACUUGCUAUUUAAGCACCUUCCUAAUGGAAGCUGGUGCAAGUCGAAUGGCUCGACAGUAGACCAAUACAAGGCUACCGUCACGUGCUCAAAAGCACUCCUCAACCCGGAGUUUCGCGGGUAUGGCCCAAUAUCACUCGACUUCCAACGACUUCUUGAAAAGUGGGCUCGCAAUUCGUCCCCUAAACUUCCCUCUACCGCCAUGGCCGGGGGAAAGCAGCCGACCGAGAUUACAAAGCUGAAACGACUAGUAUCUGGGGUGAUCGUAAAGGCGAACACCCAAGUGAGGCUUAAACGUCUCGAGGCAAUGUACGAGCGGCAAAUUGCUCCAAAGGGAUGCGAUUCCUCAUUAGAAUCUCUUAUGACUGAGAGGAUGAAACAGCUCCUGAAGGCUAAGAAACUCGAAAACUCCGCGAAAUCAGUAACGAGUACCGAGGAUAAGGCAGGUGUAGACGGCAUCAACGAGAAGGAGUCUUAUCGUGCGGAUGUAAUCGAAUCAGUUCCAGUCAAUGAGAAAACACCGAUCGCGGCUGACGGCACGACUGAUUCGGAGGACGUCAAAGCUGACUACCAGUCCAAUCGUGAUUUGAGGGCUUCUUUAGCGGAUAAGAAUCAGGAUGAUGAUGAGAUGCUUACGAGCAUGAGUCUGCACGAGGAUUUAGAAAUCUUUGACGGGUUACAGUUUGAGGACGGUGGCGGUAUCAUUGACAUGAGCUUUCACUCGCUGGCACCUAGUACAGUAGUUGACGACAAGACUGUAGAAUAUGGAAUGGAGGAUGCUGACGGCACGGAUGCGCCUGGACAGGAUGAUGAUGAGGAUGAAACAAUGGAUGACAAUGUGUACGACGACGAUGAAGAUGAAAACGAAGAUGGUGCUAGCAACUACGCAGAUGAGGAAGCUUCUCAGGACCAAUCUCCGUUCAGUGAGGCGGUGGAGGGAACAAACAGAAGCGAUGCCACCGCAGAUUUCCCGUCUGGAAUGUAA